UGUGAACAGUUGGGAAAUUUUGCUGAAUGUAGCUAAAUAUAUUUCUAGCAUAAAAGUAAAUAAUUAUGUGUUGAAUGUUAUAUAAUUACACAUGUAUAUUUGAAGUAUAUAUACACAUCAGAGUGCAUAUACAAGAAGUACAUACAAUAUAAAAUUAACCUCAAUUAGACAAAGGAAACGGAAUAAUAUAAUCAUUGGUUUUUGUAUAUUGUCUUAAACAAAAAUGUCUACGCGAAUAUUAACAAGAAUAUUGACAAAUGUCGCAAUUGGCAGAAGAAAAUUCUAUACAACAACGAAUUUAUUAACUUUACUCGAACGAGACAGAAAAUCAGGUUAUAAAAUCGUAUAUGAUAGACCACCAGUGGAAGAGGAUCUGACUGUUUUGCAAAGGAUAGUAAAGGGAUAUGGACAGUUCAAAGAGGAAUUCGGUAUUUUAAUGGAGGAAGUAAGAGAACGUUUAACAAAGGACCCAAUUGUAUAUUAUAGGCCGAAUGAAGUUGAUGUUAUAUGGCGAUUCCAAGGUGAUCCCAAAUCGCUAGAUCAAUGGGUCCUUACCUGUGACAGUGAUUAUGAAGAAGGUUUUUCAACAGCCAAAUUGGAAAUGUCAUCCAUUGGCACUGGUAUAUUUUCUGGUAUACUGAGCAAUCGUUUGCCCAAAGAUGGCAGGAUAAAGUAUUCUGGUUAUUGCAACAUCACCACAACACCUAAAUAUAAGUCAUUUAAACGUGAAAUCUACCACGACUGGUCAGAAUAUACUCAUCUUAUCCUUCGUAUCAGAGGAGAUGGAAGGACUUAUGGGAUAAAUCUCAAUAAUAGAGGCUUCUAUGAUUUAACUUGGAACGACCUGUAUCAUUACGUGCUCUAUACUAGAGGAGGACCUUACUGGCAAUAUGUCAAGAUACCAUUUUCAAAGUUUGUAUUUUCGAGUAAAGGCAGAAUACAAGACAAACAGAAUCCAGUCCUGUUGUUCGAGAUCGCGAAUCUUGGAAUUACGUUGGCGGAUGAUAUUCCAGGCCAUUUCAGGUUGGAAAUUGAUUACAUAGGUUUAGAAUGCGACAAGUACAAUGAAGAAGAGACCGCUUACGAGGGUUAUGAUCAAACAGGAAUUAGAUUUUAGAGUGUACAGUUGGGACCAUACAUAUGUGUAGUAAGGAUAUGUGUAGUAAGGAUAAUGUAAAAGUGUGAUGUGUUAUUGUCACUCUUUGUACAGUACAUUACAGUACAUUGUACAUAAUAGUAUAGAAGAUAAUGUACGUUGUGACAUAUAAAUAAAUUUAUGCUUAUAAGUAAA